AGGCGGCGAAGAAGGCGCCAACAGGCGAAGAAGAUCGAGUAAAUAGAAGAAGAAGAGGCGUCCGCCGAGGUUGAGUCUCGCGCGCCGAUGCUCGUCUCCAAUUCGCUUCCGGUUGCGGACGACCAGCACAGCCAGGAGACUUUAGCGCGGAAAAGGAAGAAGUUGUUCGGCCAGGAGGUGCAGGUCAAAGCGCGCGGCGUGUCAGUGACCAUGGUGGGCGAACGCCGCAACGGGAACCUGCUGGUCCAGAUCGGCCCGCGCUUGCAGGCGUAUCCCGAGGAGCUGAUCCGCCAGCGCCGCACCCACGACGGCCAGAUCGAGUACCUGAUUCGCUGGUGCCUCGCCGCCGUCGACGAUGGAACCGCGUCCGGGGGGGCCAACUGCGCCGGCUCCGGUGGCGGCGUCAGCCCCGGGGCGGGCGGUUCCGGCGGCUCCACGUCCGGGGACGUGAAAUCUGAGAACGUCCUGAUGUGGAUGUCCAUGGAGGACGUGUACGCCAACUGCCCCUCGCUGCUGGGGAAGAGGAAAGCCGACUCGCAGCGGCCUCUGCAGCCGCAGGAGUCGCAGGGCGAGGAAGAGGCGUGCGCGGCCGAGGGAACGUUUGACGAGACCGAGCUGCUGGACAUGAAGGAGGACGUGAAGAACCUGGUGCGUCGCGCCAGGAAGCAGAUGGCCAAGAAGAGCGAGCUGUCCAUCAGCAUCACGCACACCAUCCACGUGCUGAGCGCCUACGCCAGCAUCGGCUCGCUGGUGGGCGUCUUCAAGGAGACGGGCGCCCUCAACCUGCUGAUGGAGCUGCUGUGCAACAAGGAGACGCAGACCAGGCGCAGUGCCGGCAAGAUGCUGCGAGCGCUGGCGUCCCACGACGCAGGCAGCCGAGCCUACGUGCUGCUGUCGCUCAGCCAGCAGGACGGCAUCGAGCAGCACAUGGACUUCGAUAACCGCUACACGCUGCUCGAACUGUUUGCUGAAACCACGUCUUCUGAGGAGCACGGCAUCUCCUUUGAGAGCAUCCACCUGCCACAGAUUCCAGGGAAGCUGCUCUUCUCCCUGGUCAAGCGUUACCUGUGCGUCACCUCGCUGAUGGACAAGCUCAACACGGUGGGUGUGGACUCCAGCUCCGACAGACAGGAAGCCAGCUGCUCCCCCGGGUCUUCCUCGUCCACCUCCACCUGUAGCCACCAGACUGAGCGGCUUCGUGUCCAGUGUGAGUUUGAGUUCACCAUGGCCAUGGCCAACUUGAUCUCCGAGCUGGUGCGCGUCAUGGGUUGGGACCGCAAGUUGUCCUAUGGCUCAGCCCCGCUCUACAGAGGAGACGGCGCUUGGGCCAAGGGGGCGGAUGCCUCCCUGCCCAUUUGGAGAUCCAUCUUCCAGCCUCGCUUCAGCAGCUUGCCUGUUGUGAUCGGCGCCGCCCAGGACGCCAGCCCGCAUGGCGGCGCCGCCUCAAAGAAGAAGGCCGGAAAUGGCUACAAAACAAGCUCCGAUUUCACCAGUCGCCCGGCCUACGUGGAGUACGUCCAGGACAACCUGAAGAGUGGCAUGGCGCUCCGCAUGCUCGAGGACUACGAGGAAGUGAGCGCAGGAGACCAAGGAGAGUUCCGCUACAGCAACGACGGCUCGCCGCCCGUUCAGGUGUACUGGAACGCUCUACGCAGGACUUACUGGGUCCACUGGCACAUGGUGGAGAUUUUGGGAAGCGGUAGCAGUGGUCCGGCCGACAAGGAGACCAUGGAGAAGGCAUCCUCCCUGACGGAAACCAUCAGACUUACCUCAGCCAGCCAGACCAUCUUCUCCAAACCCCCCGGCGGCCUCUACUCUCUGCCCUACUUGGCCGACAAUCCGCAGACGGAGCCCGCAGCUCUGAGCCGUGCCGAGUGGUGGGAGGUACUCUUCUUCAUCAAGAAGCUGGAAGCGAAGGAGCAACAUGAAGUCAACCACCUCCUCUUGCUCAGCCUCUGCGACCAGGAGGCGGAGCUCGACGACACUGCGCUGAUUAGUCUGCUCAUCCCUGGAGACGUGGCCAAGAAGGUCCUACACUACCUGAAGCAACACCUGCCGUCUUCCUGCCUCAGCGAGCUGCUCUGCUCGCACGCCUUCUGCAAACACUACCUUAGACCAGGAGGAGGAUGUUUGGAGGACGAAGAGCUGCCGGGUGAGGAGGACACUUCCUGCUCCUUGAGGCUGCUGAGCUCGGAGCGUUCUGACCGCCCUAAACGUGUUUGCCUUGCAGAAGGAGGAGCAGCAGGCGUGUGCGCCUCCUCUGUGAUGGUCUCCAAGAGAGCCAAGAAGGAACUUCCUGCUGAGUCAGCAUGCAGCAGCCCCGACACGGAGAGCGAGUUUCCUCAGGAGGAUUCCAGCAAAUAUCCUGAUGGUCUGGAGGAGAAGAUGAAGGUCUUUAACUGUCCUCGUGUCCUGGGCAAGAAGACAUUGCUGGAGAAGUUGGGGGAGGUGGUGGACAUGCUCAGGAAAGGAGGUUACAGAUGGGACAUUGUCCAGAACUUGGCUGGCGUCAUCUUCAUCACCAGGUUGCUAGAGGACAAGGUGACACAGGAGAAGAACUCUAUGAGGAGCGACUGUGUCCAGGGCGUACGGGACAAAGUGCUGAAGCUGCUGGUGGAGCUUCUUGGCUCAUCCUGCAGAAAUGUGGUGACAUGCACGUUGAGGCUCACACACAUGCUCAUGCUGAGAUACGAGUGGAGAGUUCCCUUCGCCACAGAGGGCGGAGUCAAAGCUAUACUGACGUGCAUGCAGGAGCUCUCCAACAUGUCACAUGUGCAACAGCUGGCGUUGGCGACUCUGAAGGUCAUCACCGGCGCCAGUAAACACGACCUGUGCGGCCUCAGCAGCGUUCUUGCCCUCUCGGAGUCCGGCACUCAGAUGAUGCUGGAGAUCUUUGCCAGCAUCGGCUCGGCCACGCCAGAAGGCUCCAAGGGUCUGUUGGCGUCCAUCCCCGCCGCUGUGGACCUGAUGCUGAAGACCAAAGGGUGUACGCCGGCGGUGCGCAACGGCCUCCUCGUCAUCGUCAUGCUCGUCUCCAACCACAAGAGUCUGGCUGAGCAGCUGGUGUCCUGCGAUGUCACCGCUGUCCUGAAGAAGUGCCUGAUGCUGUCCCAGAACGAGACCAUGCUGGCCAUCAUAGCGCUCAACCACAUCUUCAUGGUGCACAAGCUGGAGAGCAAAGAUCGUCCCGAGCAGUUGGACCUGAAGGACACACAGCUCCAGAUGUUGCUGCUGAGUCUGAGGGAGAUGACGGCCACUAAAGAAGUCAUCCUCACCCUGGAGCAGCUGCUGUGUGACCCUUCUUCACAGCUGGACGACCAGCGUGUCCAGGUGUCACAGAAUCGAGACACUUUUCAGGACUUGGUCCGUCUGUUGGAGCACCUCCGAGCGGACCGGGCCGUCCAGCUGUCAAUCCUGCGAAUCCUGAAUAAGUUUUUGGACAGCUACCAGGAGGAUGCGCUGCCGUGGCACGAGAGCAUCGAGCCCUGCCUGGCGUCCAUGACGGCCUUUUUCAGCGACAAAGAGGUGAUGCAGCAGUUCAUCCGCUUCCUGUACCGCCUGGCGUCUCUAAACAAAGACUACGCCGUGGUCAUGUGCCGCCUGGGAACCAAGGAGGCGCUGCUCAAGACGCUGGACAAACACGGCGCCAACCUCCCGCUGGUCGCUGAGCUGCGAGACCUCGUCACCGACUGUGAGAAGUACGCCAGCCUCUACAAGAAGAUGACCACCAGCGUCCUCGCUGGCUGCAUCCAGAUGGUUUUGGGCCAGAUUGAGGAGCAUCGCCGCAGCCAUCAGCCAAUCAACAUUCCUUUCUUUGACGUCUUCCUCAGGAAUCUUUGCCAAGGUUCCAGUGUGGAGCUGAAGGAGGAGAAGUGUUGGGAGAAGGUGGAGGUGUCGUCCAAUCACCAUCGAGCUAACAAGCUAACCGACAAGAACAGUAAAACGUACUGGGAGUCCAACGGACCCACCGGCUCGCACUUCAUCAACAUCUUCAUGCACAGAGGCGUCAUCAUCCGGCAGUUGGCCAUCCAGGUGGCUAGCGAGGACUCUAGCUACAUGCCGGCCCGCAUCCUGGUUCUGGGUGGAGAUGACCCGACCAACAUCAGCACUGAACUCAACACGGUUAAUGUGACCACGUCAGCCAGUCGGGUGGUUCUUCUAGAGAACAUGACCAAAUUCUGGUCCAUCAUACAGAUCCGUGUCAAGAGAUGCCAGCAGGGUGGCAUCGACACGAGGGUUCACGGUUUCGAGGUUUUGGGGCCGAAGCCGACGUUCUGGCCCGUGUUCAAAGAGCAGCUGUGCUGUCGGACCUUCUUGUUCUACAGCACCAAGGCGCACACGUGGUGUCAGGAAGUGAUGGACGAGCAGACACAGCUGCUGCAGCUCUUUAAUAAGCUCAACAGCGCCCUCAAACAUGAGCAGAUGUUUGCAGACCGUUUCCUGCCAGAUGCUGAAGCUGCUGAAGCUCUGGGUCGAACCUGCUGGGAGGCGCUGGUCACACCUAUCGUGCACACAAUCACCUUUUCAGAAUCCUCUGCCACCAGUCCACUGUUGUGGCUGCUCAGCGAGUACCUGGACAACUCUGACUUCGCCCACCGCUGCAAAGGCAGGGCGGCCAUCUUCAACUCCCGUGUGAGACGCCUGACGCACCUGUUGGUUCACGUGGACACAAGCCGGCCCGACGGCGAGCAGCUAAAACCUCCCGUCAAGUCAAAUGGCAAAGAGGCCAAAAACAAAGAUCCUGCAACGGCGUCCACUUCUGCUUCGUCAGUGAAGCCAAAAGAGAAGAGCAGCAGCAUCGCAGACAUCGCCCUCUGUUGGCAGGAGGUGGUGCAGCAGCAGGUGAAGAAGUUCCUGGAGUCCAGCUGCGAUCUUCCUGACUUUGUGGAACGUUAUCGAACUCUGUACCUGCGGCUGAAGAGCGCCAUGGAGGAACUGUUUGGCCAGCAGACCGCCUUUGUCCUGGCCCUGCGUCACGGCUUCUCUGCUGCCUUACUGCAGCUGUCCAUCCUCAGAGCCAUGCACGUGAGCGAGAGGUUCGCUCAGUACGUGGACCAGUUGCUGCAGAGCGGCAGCUCGCUUUUUGGCAGCGUGGAGACUCUGGAGAAGCUGCAGCAGUUCUUGGAGCCCAUGCUCUUCCUGUCUGGCCUGGAGCUCGCCAACACCUUCGAGCAUUUCUUCAGGUACUACAUGGCCGACCGGCUCUUGGCGCAGACCAACGUGUGGCUGGAACGUUCCGUGGUGGAGCAGCUGGGCUCCUGCUUUCCGAAUCGCUUCCCCCAGCAGAUGUUGAAGAACCUGAGCGAGUCCACCGACCUGCAGCAGGAGUUCCACCUGUACCGCUUGCAGCAGCUGGACCGCACGCUACACAACCAGCAGAUGGAGGAAGAGGAGGAGGAGGAGGAAGGGGACGGCUUUGUGGAGUCCGAGGAGGAAGCAGAUGUCAAGGUCCUGGUUCUGUCUCCACGCUGCUGGACCAUCUCCUCUCUCUGCUUCCUGGAUGAGCCUUCAGAACAUUUCCCAUCUGAGCUGUGCGCCUACCUGACCCGCUUCACCCACUUCUACACACACAGUCAGUCCAUGUACAGCGUGCGUCACUCCAAGCCUCGUCGACUCCAGUGGACGUGGCUCGGUCAUGCUGAGCUCCGAUUUGGCUGCUGCACGCUGCACGUGUCCACGCUGCAGAUGUUCAUCUUGCUGCACUUUAACACACAACAGGAGGUGGGCGUGGCCUCUGUGCUGAAGGCGUGCGGCCUUUCCAAAGACUUCGUGCUUCACGCUCUGCAGCCUCUUAUUGAUGAUGGAGGACCACUCAGCUGCAGCCAUGCUGAGGACCCCUGCCAAGGCGUGUUGCAAUUGAAGCAACAGGUGGCGCCCGACAACCAGGUGGGCGUGGCCAACCGUGUCCAGCUGCAGCCCAAGCAGACGUACCUGAACGUGGACGAGGACGCGGCCGCCACUUUGGAGAGGAAGAGGAACGUCAUCUACUGCGUGAUCGUCAACAUCCUCAAGCAGGAGAAAGAGAUGCACAUCGACAACCUGGUCUUCAAGGUUCUGGACUCCUGUCAGAAACGGGAAGCGGUCCAGCCUCCCGGUCCCGGUCCCUUCAGCUGCAGCGCGGGGGACGUGCUGUCCUGCAUCAUGCACGUCAUCAGCAAAGGUUGCGUGCGCCGCAACACGGACAAUCCCCACAUUGUGGAGUUCCUCCCAGAGGACCCGGCCACGCCGCAGAAGGGCCACGCCCAGCUGUCCUUCACCAGGACUGAGACCGCCGACAUCAGGCGUGUUUCCCCGCAGUCACCGCGGCUCUUUGAAGACGGCGUUCUAGACACGGUUCUGUUCUCCAUGGGUCGGACCAUGACGCAGGACGAAGUGCGUCAGCUGAUGAACACGACGGUCCAGCAGGUGGCGGCGACGCUCAGCCUGGACCUGGACCGGGCCGAGCACCUCCUGGUCCAUUGCAACUGGAACGUGGACCUACUGGUGCAGCGCUACACCGAUGACGCCGACGCCAUUAUUGUGGCCGCCGGGCUGAAGAUUCUGAACCCUCAGCCGCCGCCGAGCCCCGCGUCCACUUGCCCCGUUUGUCUGGUCCCGUGCAGCGCCGGGCCGGACCCACCGCCCUCGCUGAGCUGCAUGCACUACUGCUGCAGGUCGUGCUGGCAGGAGUACCUGAGCGCUCGCAUCGAGCAGAACCUGGUGAUGAACUGCAACUGUCCCAUCCCGGACUGCCAGGCCCAGCCCACUUCCCGCUUCUUCCUCGGCGUCGUCGCCGACAAGGACACCAUCGCCAAGUACGAGAAGGCGCUGCUGCGAGGCUUCGUGGAGUCGUGCUCCAACCUGACGUGGUGCACCAACCCCCAAGGGUGCGACCAGAUCCUCUGCAAGGAGAACAUGGGCAGCAUGGGAACCUGCUCCAAGUGCUGCUGGUCGUCCUGCUUCAGCUGCAACUUCCCAGAGGCGCACUACCCGGCCAGCUGCAGCCACAUGUCCCAGUGGAUGGACGACGGGGGGUUUUACGAGGGCAUGAGCGUGGAGGCUCAGAGCAAACAUCUGGCCAAGCUCAUCUCCAAGCGCUGCCCCAGCUGCCAGGCUCAGAUCGAGAAGAACGAGGGCUGCCUCCAUAUGACCUGUGCCAAAUGUAACCACGGCUUCUGCUGGCGCUGCCUGAAACCAUGGAAACCGACGCACAAGGACUACUACAACUGCUCUGCCAUGGUGAGUAAAGUGGCGCGUCAGGAGAAGAAGUUCCAGGAUUUUAACGAGAGGUGCACCUUCCAGCACCAGGCCAAGGACUUCGCCAUCAGCCUGGAGAAGAAGGUGUCGUCCAUUAAUGAAGCUCUGCAGAUGAAGUCCCUCACCUUCGUCAUCGACGCCUGCAAGCUUCUGGCGCAGGCCCGGAAGGUGCUGGCCUACUCGUGCGUCUACAGUUUCUACAACCAGGACAGCGACAAGAUGGACGUGAUGGAGCAGCAGACCGAGGCUCUGGACCUGCACACCAACGCCCUGCAGAUCCUGCUGGAGGGGACGCUGCUGCAGUGCACCGACCUGGCCUCCUGCGUCCGUCUACUGAAGGCGGAACACAUCAACACUGGACUGGAACUGAUCCGACGCAUUCAGGAGCGCCUGCUGGCCAUCCUGCAGCACUCCACCCAGGACUUCAGGGUGGGUUACCCGUCCAAAAGCGACCAGGAAGCGGACCCGAAGCAAACCUCCAACCUGUCCAACCAAAGCGACGCCAACAAAGCGUCCAAGUCGGACCGAACGUCCACCUCAGGGGACUCGGACAACAACAACUGCGCCGGCGAAGCGGAGGACGAGGACGACGAGUACGACGAGGACUACGUGCCGGAGUGGCACGAGGACUACGACGAGGAAGAGAUAGACGAGGACGACUUUUUCUCCGACGACGAGGAGUCCGAGAACCUGGAGAGGGACUUCAGCCCCUUCGACUGAAGCAUGCGGAGCACAAAACUUUCCAGCGAGGGAGACUUGGGCCCCGCCCCCUCGCCCGACCACCUGACACGGCCGUCCCACGCAUGAAACGACACAGCUUCGCUUGCUUCACGCCACAGACUCCAACGUGCGGCAGAGCGGGGUGUUGGACCAUCUCUGACCCCGCAAGGUUUUGUCAGACAUUGUCGCUUAGUUCUUCCGUAGCAACCUGGGAGGAGGUCAUGGCGUUUUGGAACAAGUCGCCGAGCGGCCGACGCUGGUCCGGAGAGUCUUUCCUACUUCUGGAUUUUUGGUGACAAGAAAGAAUGUCCGAUUUUACGUUCGUUAAGCUGCUUUAGUUUGGCUCAGUUUGGUUUCUACGUCGGAAUGAAAAGAGGUGGGAAGAGUGAAGUUGCCGUUUCAGCCCUCGAUGCUAACAACACAGCUCAUAUUUACGUGUUCAUGUUCCAAAAAAUCUGCUUUUUUUCGUUGGAGUCGCCGACUUCCACCAGCAAAAUCAAUAAAAAGCUUUCAUUUUACACGCAAA